CAGUCGGUCACCAGUCGGUGAGAAUUCAAGUAUGACCCCUGGUCGACUUCUUUGUUAUCUUGGCUGAUCAAGCAAACUUUCCUCCUUUCCUUCACCGUCUCUCCCCCAAGGCAUACCUUUUAUACUCUCCUCAGGUACCACCCACAUAUGCCGAUCGCCAUUCCACCACAGACUCUGUCAUGCUGCUCUCUCAUAUCGCGCACUUCUUCGCCCAGGCCUCCCUGCUGGGCCACCGCCGGGGCCCCCAGCCCUGCGAGGGAGUGGCCAUCAAACCCAUUCCUGGCAUUGAGAUCCAUUCGCUCACCAGCCACGAGGUCCACGGCUACGAGUCCCCCUACACCCUGGGACACCAGCUCGACUUCUGCGAUGUCACCGUCCUUCUCAGCCACCAAGGCGAAGACGAUCAGGUCCAGCUUUCCGUCUGGCUGCCCUUCCCCGAGGCAUGGAACGGACGCUUCCUGGCCACGGGGGGCGGGGGGCUGGCGACAGGAUAUAUCGGAUACACGCAGCCCGCCGCGGUGAUUCAGGGAUACGCCGCGGCAGCCACCGAGGGCGGACUGACGCUCAACAACACCAUCGACCCGCAGAGCGGCCAGUGGGCGCUGCGUGCGGACGGCUCGCUCAACCGGGCCCUGCUGCAGAACUACGCCCACCGCUCCAUCCACGACCUGGCCGUCGUCGGCAAAGCCGUCACCCAGGCCUUCUACGGCCGGGCGCCGCGCUUCUCCUACUGGAACGGCUGCUCCACGGGGGGCCGGCAGGGGAUUGUGGCUGCCGCGCUGUAUCCCCGCCAGUUCAACGGCAUCCUGGCCGCCAGCCCGGGCAUCUACCAGCCGGACCUCUUCGCCUGGUUCCUCUGGCCGCCGCUUGUCAUGCUCAACAACACCACCACCAUCCCCCCCCAGUGCGUCUUCUCCGCCUUCCAGCAGGCCAUCCUCGCCACCUGCGACGGGCUGGACGGGGUGGUGGAUGGUCUGAUCUCCGCAUACCGCGAGCCCUGCCCCUUCAACCCGGCCUCCCUGAUCAACACGUCCAUUGGCUGCCCCGAGACCAACUCGACCCUCACCAUCACCGCCCACCACGCAGCCCUCGUGCAAUCCAUCCUUGCCGGACCCGUCGACCCCGGCACCGGCGAACAACUCUGGUACGGUCUCCCCCCCGGCGCAUCCUUCCGCGGCACCGCCGACACCAUCACUGUCAACCGAACCACACAAAUCAACCCCUUCCUCCCCGCCACCAGCUGGCUCCGCCACUUCCUCCUCCACGAUCCCACCUACAACAUCUCCACCCUCACCAUGCCCCAAUUCCUGGCCGCCGUGCAUCGCUCCCGCACGCAAUUCGGGGACCUCCUCACGGCGGAGCAGCACCACACCCUGGACAAGUUUCAACAGGCAGGAGGGAGAUUGCUCGCGUGGCAUGGGCUCGCGGAUGAGAUCAUCCCCGCCCAGGGGACGAUCCAGUACCGAGAGGCGGUGGAGAGGGCGUUUCAGGCUGCGGGGAGGAAAGUCGAGGUGGAUGACUUCUUUCGCUUGUUUCUGGCGCCCGGGGCGGGACAUUGUGGGGGGACGCUGCAGGUGGGGUAUGGCCCUGUGCCGGUGGAUGCGUUGGGCGCGGUGGUGAGGUGGGUGGAGGAGGGGGUGCGGCCGGAUACCUUGUUUGCUGAGGUGGUUAGUACAGGGGAGGGGGGGACUGUGAGUAGGGGGCUAUGUCGAUGGCCUGGGGUGUUGAAGUAUGAUGGGCAAGGGGAUGUGGAUGUCGCGGGGAGUUUUGUGUGC